GUUAUUUCACUUUGCUUUUUCUUGCAGCAUUUUAUGGUCUAGCUGCUCCUCAGGGUGUAAAUGUGGGAGUGCUUGUCUUAACAAACCAUUCCAUCUACGUCCUGUGAAGAAGAUGAAAAUAGUUAUGACUGAUAAAUGUGGCAGUGGGAUUGAGGCAGGUGAAGAUAUCAAGAGAAAAGAUUUUGUUAUAGAAUAUGUUGGAGAAGUUAUUGAUGACAAAACAUGUGAAGAGAGACUUUGGAAAAUGAAGCAUAGUGGGGAAACAAACUUUUACUUGUGUGAGAUCAAUCGGGAUAUGGUGAUUGAUGCCACUUACAAGGGCAACAAAUCCCGAUACAUUAAUCAUAGCUGUUGUCCAAAUACUGAGAUGCAGAAAUGGUUGAUGGAUGGUGAGACAAGAAUUGGCAUAUUUGCGACACGUGACAUUAAAAAGGGCGAGCAUCUGACCUACGAUUAUCAGUUCGUUCAAUUUGGUGCAGAUCAAGAUUGCCACUGUGGUGCUGUAAAAUGUAGGCGAAAGCUGGGAAUUAAACCUAAAAAACGAAAACUUUCCUCUUCAGAUGCUGCAUUAAAGUUAGUGGCAUGUCAAGUUGCUGCGUCCUCUCCCAAAGUGAAAGCAUUGCUAUCUCUAAAACAUGGUUGUCAAACUGGAGUUCCUCCAAAAGGAAGUUCGAAUUGUGACUCUGCUCAGAGAAUCCAGCGUCCUCGUAACUGUGUAGGUCAUCUUAUAAGAAUAAUUCGCUCCUCUGAUCAAAGGUCUUUUGGAAUUAUAAAACAGUUUGACAGCAUCACCAAAAAACAUUUGAUCAUGUUUGAAGAUGGUAGUGUUGAGUACGUUGACAUGUCAACGGAAGAUUGGGAAUUUUGUAACUUUCUUGUGUAAUCAGGUCUUCGAUGUCAGGAUAAAGAUAAGACAUGAUUCAACGUCUGCAGCAGAGAUGCGAUGUGUUGUUCAACAUCCAAAAUUGCAUUGAUUUGCUAGCUUUGUUUCUGUUGUACCAAAUGUAGCAUGUUUCCUCUCCCAAUUUAAUUUGUUGAUAUAGAGUCUGCUGAUAAUGCUAGUAAUUUCCUUUAACUGGAGAUGGAAGUUCUGAUGAUUCUUUCCCAUGUAUAAACGUAACAGAUGUAACAAUAGCUCACCCCGUUCCAAUUGUAUCGGAUGUCCCUGAUAAACAAGUUGACUAUGUGGUUCAUAAUUCAUUAACUAGAGAUACAAGAGAUUUUGUUAGCUCUCUAUUUUCAUACCUUUGAUUGUUCAAGUACUCUGUUCUGUAAAGUUUGCUGAAUUUGGAUAUGGUCAAAUGUGUUUGUUUCUGUU